AUGGAAUUGACGAGAACACUGAAGCCCGGGUUUUAUGCAGUAGAACUGAAUAAGACAGUGUGGAUCAUCCCGAACUGUUAUCAGAAUCUCACACCUGUUGGUACGGGUGCUUAUGGAACAGUGUGUGCAGCAGAAUGUCGUCUAACGGGUGAAAAAGUAGCCAUAAAGAAGUUUUCCCGACCAUUCCAAAGUGCAAUCCAUGCAAAACGUACGCAUCGUGAAUUGAAGUUGUUACGGUCGAUGAAUCAUGAAAAUAUCAUCGAUAUGUUAGAUGUAUUCACUCCUGACAUCAACGCUACUUCAUUACAAGAUGUAUAUUUUGUGUCUAUGUUGAUGGGAGCAGAUUUAUCAAGCAUAUUAAAAAUUCAGCGUCUCAGCGAUGAUCAUAUUCAGUUCCUUGUUUAUCAAAUACUUCGUGGUUUAAAGUAUAUUCAUUCUGCCGGUCUUAUUCAUCGCGACUUGAAGCCAUCAAAUAUAGCUGUCAAUGAAGAUUGUGAAUUGAAGAUCCUCGAUUUUGGUUUAGCGAGACAAACUGACAGUGAAAUGACGGGGUAUGUUGCCACGCGCUGGUAUCGUGCCCCUGAAAUCAUGCUUAACUGGAUGCAUUACACUCAAACAGUGGAUAUUUGGUCAGUUGGAUGCAUUAUGGCAGAAUUAAUUACCGGUCGAACUUUGUUUCCAGGAGCGGAUCAUAUUGAUCAAUUAACGCGCAUAAUGAAUGUAGUCGGUACGCCAAACGAGGAAUUUUUAUCAAAAAUACAAUCAGAUGAAGCUCGUAAUUACAUACGUAAUCUUCCAAAAACUCCCAGAAAAGAUUUCAAAAGAUUGUUCCCAAGCGCAUCACCUGAUGCUAUUGAUUUGCUGGAAAGAACUCUAAAUCUCGACCCUGAUUAUCGACCGACUGCUAGUGAGGCAAUGGAGCAUCCCUACUUAAAGCAGUAUCACGAUCCAUCUGAUGAACCCGUGUCGCCACCACUCGAUAUCGACUCCGAUGGAGAUUUAACUAUUGACCAGUGGAAGGAGUUAAUCUGGAACGAAAUUGGAGACUUUGCGGAGGAAAGAGCAAAACGACUUGCUGCUCCAACUGCAAACAACGGAGCGAUGAGUUGA